AUGGACAAUUAUCUUGACAAAGGCUAUUCGUUAUUUAUGGAUAACUAUUACAACAGCGUUCAACUAGCCCAUAAAUUAUUGAAAAGAAAAACAUAUUGUACCGGAACUCUACGUACUAAUAGAAGAGAUAAUCCAAAAGAAGUUGUUACCAGAAAGCUCAAACCUGGAGAAUCAGUUGGCAAGUAUACUAAGGAUGGAAUAUGUGUUGUCAAAUGGAAAGAUAGGCGUGACGUACUUAGCAUAAGUUCAAAAUUUAAAAAUGAAAUGGUUGAAACAACUAAUCGACAUGGUCAAAAAAAAAUCAAACCCUUGGCAAUAGCGGAGUAUAAUAAAUAUAUGUCAGGUAUCGAUCGCCAAGAUCAAAUGAUGUCUUAUUAUCCAGCCGAACGUAAAACUUUACUUAUAAAAGCUUUACUUUCUUAUAAAUCUGACCCGGUACCACUAAUUCGUCCUCAGAUAUCCGAACGUCAUUUUCCAUGUAAAGUUGAAAAAAAUCAUAAAAAUAGAUACAUUCGCAAAAGGUGCCGAUUGUGUGCUUCCACAGGAAAAAGAGAAGAAACUAUUUAUUAUUGUAAUAAAUGUGAUUCACAACCGGGUAGCUUGUGA